AUGGGAAUGGAUAAACGGAUAGGGAAAGAAUCAUUAAAUGCUGGUCCAGGUUUUGGCGGUUCAUGUUUUCCUAAAGAUCUUUUAGCCCUUGCCCAGGUAGCUAAAACUUUUCAUACAGAGUGUCAAAUCAUUGAUUCGGUAAUAAGUAGUAAUAAUCAACGCCCCUAUGAUAUGGUUAAAAAAAUUUACUAUCUCCUAAAUACUUCUCCUAUUUCAACGCAUAUUGACAUGAGACAGCAGCAAACUCCUUCUGCCUUAUGCUUGGAUGAACGACAAGCUAAAGCAAUUAAAUAUAGUUUGCCCUUUGAAAUAAAUUUUAGUAAUAAGACUAUAGCGGUCUUAGGUUUAACUUUUAAAGCUGGUACUGACGAUAUUAGGAGUAGCGCAGCGAUUAAAAUUAUUCAAAUCUUGCUUGAUCGAGAAGCAAUUAUUCAAACAUUUGAUCCUAUGGGUAUGCCGGGUACUAAAAAAUAUCUAGCAGCUUUAAAUUAUAAAAAUAUAUUUUAUGCACAAACAGCUCUUAGCGCAUGUCAAAAUAGUGAUAUAAUAUUAAUUACUACUGAAUGGGCAGAAUUUAAAACGCUACCUUGGGAAACUAUCAAGUCUCAAACUAAAGCCCCUAUAAUUCUCGACCUUCGUAAUAUUUUAGAUGCAGAUCAGCUAAAUUCCAUAGGUUACAGGUAUUAUUGUAUUGGUUAUGGUUAA